CACUUUAUUGUUCAAAAGCAUGCCAGAAUCAACACUGGAGACAACAUAAGAGAAAAUGCACUGGCUUAAAGACUAACAAAGACAAUAAGACUGUUCAGGUACCACUGCCGCCAGCUCAUGUAAACACCCCUCACAAAGUCACAUCUCUGGUGGGCAGGCAAUGUCUGGUUGAGUGUCUCCUGGACGGCCACAGGCUUCAAGCUCUAUGGGAUUCAGGCUCACAGGUGUUGAUCAUUGAUGAGAAAUGGAAAAAGGACUAUCUGCCACACACGGAGCUGAGAGAUGUAGCCGAUAUUAUGGACACAUCUGAACUCACCCUGACUGCAGCAAAUGGGACCAACAUGCCAUAUCUUGGGUGGGUUGAGACAACCUUCCAACUUGUUUCUGGAACUGAACAAACGGAGAAAUUGACCAUCCCCAUGUUGGGAAAACCAAACUUGGCCAGGGAAACUCACCGCGGAACGACACACCGCGGCAGCCAGGUAACAGGUCUGGAGGUGGGCACUACCUAUGUGUUCAGAGUGCGUGCAGUCAAUGCUGCAGGAGUGGUUAUGGCCUCAAUGGCCUCUGACCCUGUGACUGCCAAGGCCGUGGCAGGUUCCCAGGAGGUGUCCUGUGUGGUGGAUGAGAAGUCAGGUGACAUUGUUCUGUCAUUCGAGUCCUGCCAGAUAAACGAAGGCUCCAAGUUCAUCUGGAAGAAAGAUUAUAAAGAAAUCACAGAUUUCUAA